GGGGCUGGAGGGAAGGCAGCAGCUGGUGGCAGUUUGGGGUUUCAAGAGAUCUGGGAAAGGUUUCUGCCAGAUAGAAAACGGAGGUCUUGCUCGAAAGCAGAUGCGUGCCCGAGAUCUAGGACGACAUAUGGUUGCAAAAGUAGCUGGCUCUUGCAUUUAUUUAUUUAUUUUGCUAGUUGUAGAUUGGCGAGUGUCUGACAUUUUCAGUUAUAUUAUUAUAUAGCUUCUAUUUUAUUCCUUUUCUAAGGAAGUGAGGCGCACAAAGGCAGGGGGCGUCGUCGUUUCCCCCCUUCUUUUAGCCUUAUGGCACAAGUUUGUUUUCUGUGAUCGUUCCGAGGUGCUCCAAGAGUGCAUAUCCCCCCCCCCUUUUCUUGGUAUCGCUGAGGUUCGAAAUGGCCAUGGAUGGGCUGGAAAGCGGGGAGCAGAACCUGUUGCACUGGGACCGAAAGCUGAGCGAGUUGUCUGAACCGGUGGACUCUGAUGCCCUCCUCUACAGCACGCACUUCACUGAACUCCUCGAUGAGUUUUCCCAGGACGUUUUGGGGCAGCUCUUGAACGACCCCUUUCUGUCCGACAAAGAUGAGAUAAUGGAAGUGGAGCUGUCACCUGCUUCUCCCGCUCCCCUCAUCCAAGCAGAGCACAGCUACUCUCUUUGCGGUGACUCGCGGCCACAGUCCCCGCUAACCCACAUUUCAGCCGAUGAUAACUUCAAUGAAGCUGACUUGGAAAAUGACGACUGGUGUCUGGGCUCAGAGUUGUCUUCAGCAACCAUCAAGACAGAGCCUACCACGGGAGACGCACCAGGCCUUACUCCCUCGGUCAGCCUCACCGCCACAUCCAGUCCCGCGAGUCUGGAGGUUGAAGAGCCUCAGGUGCAAGACGAUGGCAUGACCAAGCCGCUGAGUCACAAAGCUUUUCCAGAGAUCAAACUGGAGCCGCAUGAAGUGGACCAGUUCCUGAACCUUUCUUCCAAGGAAGCAAUGGACACUCUGCACAUGCCUCCAACCCCUCCCAGCAGCCACGGAAGUGACUCAGAGGGCGGCCAGAGCCCAACCAGGUCCCUCCCACCGUCAAGUCCCAAACAGUUACAAGCCACGGCUAAAGUGACCUCGCACACGGCUUCCGCGCUCACCAAUUCCCCUCUCUUAACGGCACCACAUAAAUUGCAGGGCACAGGUCCCCUGAUCUUGACAGAGGAGGAGAAGAGGACCCUGAUCGCAGAAGGGUACCCUAUCCCUACCAAACUUCCCCUAACAAAAGCGGAAGAAAAAGCACUGAAGAAGAUCCGCAGGAAGAUAAAAAACAAGAUCUCUGCCCAGGAGAGCAGGAGGAAAAAGAAAGAAUACAUGGACAGCUUGGAGAAAAAGGUCGAGUGCUGCUCAAAUGAGAACAGUGAGCUUCGCAAGAAGGUAGAAGUUCUGGAGAACACAAACAGAACACUCCUGCAGCAACUGCAGAGGCUCCAAGCCAUGGUGGCCGGCAAAGUGUCUCGCUCGUGCAAAGCUGCUGGCACGCAAACAGGGACCUGCCUCAUGGUGGUGGUUUUAUGCUUCGCAAUAAUUUUUGGCAGCUUUUCCCAAAGUUACGGUCCCACGUCCUCCAUCACAAAGGCAGUGCUACCAUCCCAGCAUUCCACGCCAGAGUCAUAUACAGCCUCUAUAGUGAGGUCAAGGAGUCUGCUGACUUAUGAGGGGCCUCCUCACCCGCUGGAGGAACAGCACUUCUCAGAUCUCAGCAACAGCUGGGACAGGCACCUGGAGGCCUCCAAGCACUCAGCCCUGCCUUCGGAAUCCUUGUCUAGGUCUCCGCACGACCAAGUCACAGAGAUCAUGAUAGCCAACGAAACGGGGCUAGAGAAGUCAUUGCUGGUGGAGUUUCAGCAGCACAGAGUCAACUCAGAGCUGGACGCAAACGAAACUCUGAAGAUUGUGGAAAUUGACAGACGAGUGAAUGCUACGUCUUGAGAUAAAAAUAAAAAAUGGGAUUCCCUCCCACCCUUUCUCUUUCUUCUAACCCAAGGUCUGAGGAACUUGUCUCUGUCAGUGAAUCCAAAGGGCAAGAGGAAAGUGCCCGGCUGAUUUUCUGCACUGGAUUGGGAAGAAGUGGCUUUGGUCUCUGUAGUCCAUUUACUUUUCUCCCCUCCUCUCCCCACCCCCAGCCUCCGACUCUCACUACUCAGUUUGCCUUUGUGCUUCCACAACGAAGGGAAAGAAUGGAAGGAGGGCUUGUUGGCAGAUGAUGGGAGAAGGGAUGCCUCCGAGCGGAGGUGCAGAAGGGAUAACUUAAGCAGUCAUCGCCAUCACCGCAAAAAUAACAAGAUGCCUUGUUUCGGGUCUCUUAAAGGGUAACAAAAUGUGUAAAAUUAAUUAAGAUUAAUGACUUAUAGAGGGUUUUCUGAAUUCAUCCAAGAUCAGCCUCCCCUGAUUGGUGACUCUUAACACCAUCAUUUUAUUCCUUUUUACAGGGAAAUGUCACCAUGGGGUGGCAAACAUGUCUCUUACGCCUCCCUAUAAUUCGUCCUGGACCAUUUCUGCCCCCGCCUCCAUUGUGCAAUAGAAAUGCAACCACAAGGAAGGCACUUCCUUUUGAUUUUUUUACCUUAGUGGCGAAAAUGGGCAGGAAUGGAUAGGUUAAUAGAAGUCUGGCAAAAAUUUAUGUUGCUUGUUCUCGAAAACUUCCAAUUGUGUUCAUCACUAAGCUAUAUGUGAGGAAUGGGAGCUUUCCCCCCAAUGCAAGCUCUUAAGUGUGGGAUCCCUCAUGCAACAGUGAUGCUUGUGCCAGGUUGAGUCUUCUACCCUAACCAGCUGCAGUUCUAUAUUCUCUUAUCUAGGAGCGAGCUUCAUUAAACUCGGUGGAAAUGACUUGUGUGUAGACAUGGGGUCGCACUGUCUCAAAUCUUGUAGCCAGCAUUGCCUUAAACCUUUUUCCUCCUUCCACGAGGACUACAAACUUGUCCCUUCCUAUAAAAGGAGGGCAAAAUUGAUAGGAAUCGGUCAGAUCCACAUGUUUCCAUGUCUUAUAGCCUGGUCAUGCAAUAACUCAUUUUCUUGAUGUUACCUUAUUCAUGUUCAGUAGCAAAAGCUACAUUGCCUUCAUUUCCCCUUACAGCAUUUUCUAUUCCCCUCUAUGACCAUGUACCAGUUGUGUGCUGGAAAUACAAAGCAGUCACCGAUUCCUUUGCUGCAUCUGUCUCCUGACAGUAAGAGCUGUUCGGCAGUGGAAUUUGCUGCCAAGGAGUGUGGUGGAGUCUCCUUCUUUGGAGGUCUUUAAGCAGAGGCUUGACAGCCAUCUGUCAGGAAUGCUUUGAUGGUGUUUCCUGCUUGGCAGGGGGUUGGACUGGAUGGCCCUUGUGGUCUCUUCCAACUCUAUGAUUCUAUGAUUCUAUGAUUCAUGAAGAAAACAGACAAAAUUCGGUUAGUCUCUUUCUUGUCUGGUUUGCAUGAGAAAAUGGAGCCAGCCUGAACCAAAUCUGCUUGGAGAGACCAAUUUGUAUCAGUUUCUCAUACAGGCGAGAGGCCUCCAGGCAACUCAGAUUCCUUUGCCAUCCCUGUCCCUCCUGUUGUAAAUAGUAUUUAUUAGUUGCCCCAUGAUAUCAGCUGGCAGGCAGAACUACAAGCAAAGGACAUGAAAUCCCUCAAAGGCUCUGGGUGACUUUUGAGAAAGUUCUAUAACUUGUUUUAGGCCCCCAACAUUCAACUUAAAAAUUGAUGCAAUGCAAUGCCCUCACCCACCAUCCUGGCCUCUUUGCAUCCUAUUGCGUUUUCUGUUCCAUUGUGUAUGCACUCACUUAAAGCAGACGUUGUGGUGAAAACCAGCAAAGGUUCAAAUCUCAUGUUCUACUUGUUCCACGCUACGGCAAGCUAAAAUGAUUGCAACAUCCUCUCCUGGGGCUGCCAGGGGCUGUUUCUGUCUCCAGAAAAGUCAGUCACCCUCUGCCACCCUUUCCCGAAUAACUGGUGGUGAGGAUUGUUGGCUACAUUUGUGUGUCACUUUCCAUACCAUUCACCAUCUUAAAUUAAUAUUGGAAGGAGUUGCAUGCAUGGAUAUCCUAACAGUGGAACAGGUGUGCAGAACCUUUGGCUCCCAGAUUUUGUGGAACUACAACUCCGCAUCCUUGGCCAUUGGCCAUGCUUUCUGGGGCUGAUGGAAGCAACAGCCCCACACCUGCUGUAGAACAAUGGUUCCCCCACCUGCCAAGCGCUAAAAUUUUAGCUGCCUGUUUGGGUAAUAAAAACGAUGCCCUUGGCUGCCGUCCUGCAAGGUUUCUCAAGAACAGCUAUACGUGCAAACGUUGAGCAGUGGUUAUUUCACGCUGUGUAUUGAAUUCCAUGACAUCAUCUGUCAUUGAUCCCACAUGCUUGUAGCAAUUAUACUUUAAAAUAAAGCUGAUGAUGGGUGGGCUUAUAAAAGAAAGGGGCAUUAUUAUAAACUCUAUAUUUAUGGAAGUCACGCUUGGGUCAGUGACGCUUCUUAAUAUUGCAUAAUCAUUGACUAGCAUGUAGAUGGUGUGUUUUAUUUGUGCAUAUGCUUCAAUUCUGCGCUAGCUUUCCCUUUAUAUCUGCUAUUUUUACCGUGCAAUUUAACGUUGAAGCAAAUGCUUCCGAGCCAGAUUUCAGCUGAUGCAAAUUGUUGGUUUUCCAUUUUACACCAAGCUGAAGAUCUGCUCCCCAACCCCUUCUUUAUUUUUCUUCAGCUAUUCUUAGCAACAUCGUCCAAUUCUUGACGAUAAAUCUGGGUUAAAUGUCAAAUUUUAAAAUGCCAAAGUUCCCCUUUUAGGAUUUAUUCCAUCGCUGGGGUUUCUUUUCUUUUCUUUUGCUUGAACCUUCAAUUUUAAGGAUUGGAUGCUGUCUAGACGCAGUUUGGCUGUCAGUCAAGUGAGUGAGUAACAUUAAUCUGCCACAUCAGGGAGAAGAACUUGGGAUCUCUAAUGUCACAAGUCCAUUGUGCAAACUCCCACCACUGCACACAAAGCAUAAGACUCUGUAUAUUUAGCAUCCUUUUCAUCACUCGGUGACAAAAAUAAUUCUCCUCUAAUUGCUAAUUGGAAAGAAGCCAUUUCCCCCCUUGUAUUUUUGAAGGUGAAACAUUAGGCCACUGUGACGGGUGUGUGUGUGUGUUUUUCAAAAGUUACAAUUGGUCCAAUUAGCUCAGUAUUGCCUUCACUGACAGGCAGUGACUUUCCAGGGUUUUGGGCAGGAGAUAGUCCCAACUCUACCUGGAGAUACCCAGGAUCGAACCUCAGACCUUCUGCUCUGCCACUGAGUUGCAGCCCUUCCCUAAGUUCAUAUUUACUUACUAGUGGAGUUCUUCUGGAAUUCUUUGGAAGCAGGAGUUCAAACCCACGGCUUCCAGAUCCAAAUCUGGUUUCUUGCAAAAUGAAGAAAAGAAAAGAGAAAUCCAUCAGAAACAAGGUCCUGUGAAAUUUGUGUCGAACAUCUUUUAAAAUAAAUGUAACUUAAAUUAAAAACCAGCAAUUUAUCUUAAGUUAUUUCAAUAUUUUGACAGUUUUCACCAUCUACUUAGAUUUCAUCUUUCCUAAUAGUCCUCACGGCAACAAUAAUCUUAUGCCAUCAUAAAGAAUGUGGCUUAGUAGUUAACUAAGCCUUACUCAGAGUAGACACAUUGAAAUGAAUGGACUUAACUUAGUCAGGUUCAUUAUUUUCAACAGGCCUACUCUGAGUAAAACUUAGUUGACUACCACCUUAACAAAUGUAUUGUGGUAUGUAGAGAGGAAAACUAAACAGUGAGGUCAAAGAGGAAUACAGUGGUACCUCAGUUUAUGGACGCAAUUGGUUCCGGGGAGCCGUUCGCUCCCUGAGCAGUACUUAAACGGAGCACCUUUUCCGCGCAUGUGCGAAGCGCCGAUAGAGUGCUUCUGUGCAUGCGCGUGCUGCGGAACCCGGAAGUAAACACUUCCGGGUCCGCGGAGUACUCAAACCGCGGCAGACUUAAACCGAGGUAUGACUGUAAAAUGAAAGUGCAGAGUGUUAUAAUUCAAUUAAGGCUUAGGUGCCUAAAGAAUUAGCACAGUGACCAUCAUAGCUGCCAAGUUUUCCCUUUUCUCACGAGGAAGCCUAUUCAGCAUAAGGGAAUUUCCCUUUAAAAGGGGGAUAACUUGGCAGCUAUGGUGACCAUUCACAACAGCAGCACAAUCACCCUUCCAUUGCUAAUUAUUCCACCUGAUGCAACACCAGCACUCUAGUCCUAUAUCGAAAAGUAACAAAACCAUCUAUUUAGAAACGUAAGUCACAAUUUACAUCCUGGAUCACAUAAAUGAUACAAGUGUACAAUUUGAUAUUUUUCUAUGCAAAAUUUACAGAUUCUACUUGCAUGUUUUACUUGCUGGGGAUCUCUGAUGCAGAGCUUUGCAGCUGGCUAGACCACACUAGAAUUCACAGGUUUAGAUGUUCGAGAACAGUUUGCCGCACAAGCACCCAGUCUUCUCUCUUGAGAAUGGUUCAAUGUGGUGAUAUAGGAGGGGUGAUAAUCUACUCUAGAAGUGUGCAUUUGUGGUCCUGUAAAUGUCAUUAGACUCCCAUCACCCACCGCCAACAUCAUCAGAGGUGAUUGGAUUUGCAGUUGAGCAUCUUCUGGAGGGGUCACAGGGUCUACACACCUGUAGACCUGUAAACUGGAAAGCCUAUGCGUGCCAUUCCCCAUCUGGUUUUCAAGAAAUAACUGAGUUUGAGAAUGUAAGCAUUGUUCACAUUAACUAAUUCUCUGAGGAAAUGGUGAAAACUUGCACAGGACCCUGGGGAGGUAACUUUUAGAUGUACCCAGGACCUCUGGGGAACCACUUAUCUAUGAAGAGAAUCCCGUAAGACUGAGGGCUGGAUCUGAGCAACCCAACCACGUGGACAGGAGAGGUCCAGUGGGACGAUUCACACUAUCUACCUGCCCACAUUGAGAUGCAGCCUCUAGCCACAAUAGACAGUUCCAUCAUGCAAUUGGAUAUGUCUGAAAUGUAUGGCCAUUGCAGAAAAUCCUGAAGCACACUUUCAGGGUGCACACUUAGUUGAUAUGGAGUGUUGACCAAAACUGAUGGGCUUCAAUAAAACCAUUAAUUUGGUGUGACCCACCUGCAUGCUGUUCUGUGAUACUAGAUUGCAGGAUAAGACCAGAGUGUGGGACAGGAAGGUGCCUCAUACCAGCUCAGUCUAUAUGUCUAGCUCAAUUUUGUGUUCACCAAUCUGGUGCUCUCCUGAUGUUUCAGGCAGUUGUGUGUGACUUCUUGGACACAAAGCACAAUCAUCUCCCCGCAGUGUCUUGGUUCACCACCCUAAACCACCUUCAUCACUGAGGAACCAGGUCUUAAGUUUCUGAUACAACCUCCAUUUUCCCAAGAGGGAAGACACUUUAAAAUCCACCCUACUAAGGCAGAUGUCGUUAAAAAGAAAAUCUGGUCUCACUGGUCCUUCUUUCAGCUCCCUUCAAGCAAAUGCCCUCCCAAUGCUGUUGGAUUAUGACUCUCAUCAUCCCUAUUGGCCAAGCCUCUAGAGGGCACCAGGUUGAGGAAACCAGCCUUAAUUCAUAAUUUUCUUCCCCUUUCUUUGGUUUAAUGGCUUCCUCCACCAUUGUGUUUCCAUUAUUUUGAAGGUAUCAAUAUAAGAGAAUAAGGAGGCAAUAUAGGAAUUAGCAGAGAACAGAGCAAAUAUGCAUCUCUCUUAAGUUUUAUUUACACACAGCUGAACUUUAUGUUGUAGGAUUUUGGUACAGAGGUGAGUUUUUGAGCACUCAUCUGUGAUGUUGUAUAGGCAUGUUGGCAGGGCUGUCUGGUCAUAACUGGUGAGGACUAUUUCUGGUUCCAUAGUAGUCAGGCACCACACAGGCAUAUUUGGUUUGAUUCAAUCAAAUGAUGAUAUAUCUUAAUUUUGUAGCAUUAGCCGUGAUGGGGACGUUCUUGUCUGUUAUGUAUGUAGAAACACGUGCUACUUAUUUGAGGUCUAAUCCCCAAGAACAUUGGUGAUCUAUCUUCCGCAGUGUAUCUCUUGAUUUUCAGACUUGUAACAUUCAAGCAGCAUUUCCACCCUUUAUCUUGGGUGCCAUUCGUGUUGCCCUGUAUUACAGUUCCAAAUGCCUUUCUAGGGCUGUAACUUAGAUGGCCUAGCACACAGACUGCUAAACCUUUACAUCUCAGUUUUUGUGAUGUGCUGAGCAGCAGGCCCUAUUCUAAACUACUAGAGGAGGUUCUGCUGAGAAUAGGAUUAUGGGUUUGAUGGGUUUCUCCAUGGAUUUCUGUUUGAAAUUUGGAUUUCCAGUGCUGGAUUCCCGAAACUGCUGGCAAACUCAGUGGAAUCUAGAAGUUUUCAAAGAACCUAGGUGUUGUGGCUGCGGGAGAGAAAGAGGUGCAGUCCUUGAGCUAGCCCCAAGCAUCUGCCCCCAUAGGGUGAGUUUCUCCUCUGAACUUCAAAGAGUCUGGGUUCAUACAUCUCUAGAUUGAAAGCCUGGAGGUGGUUUAUUAAAGGAGAAUGACCAAUCAUGGCAGAUGAUCUUGAACAGGGCUCCCACCAAAGAAGAUACCACUUACCUCACUUUGCACCAUAAAUCUAAAUACAUUCAGCCAGAUUUAUUGCACAUGGAAACUCAAAUUUACACAUGCACAUCUCAUCCAAGCAAGGCAUUUCCCAUUGGCUUAAAUACCAGAAUGUGUUACGAGACAAUAUAGCUUAGAUUUAUUGCCUAGCAUAAAAGUUGCAGUUCUGUAAGUUCCAUGCAUUCGGUUCCACAAAAAUCAGUGGGUCAAGUCAUAUAUUAACUGGGUGCAGGAUUGCAGCCACACUAUGUAGCCAUAGAGGAGCCGCAAGUGUUACACUAAGCCAUCUAAGUCAGCAUCCUUCUGCCCAAAUAUUUUCAUUUCCAGUACUCAUUCAGCUAUGUGAAUAGGCAAAUAUAGUUUUUUUUUGCUAGUCUGCAUUUAAAUGGAAUUGUCUUUAUGAAAUAUGGGAAUUUAGCAAAAUGCAUGAGAAGAGUUCAGAAAGAUUGGGUAAACUGCGAUAAUAUCCCCCCCUUUUUUUUACUUAAACUGUUAAUGUUCUUUGUUGUGUUGUUUUUGCUAUAUUAAAUGCCUUUUCUUUUUGUAUUUAUACUUUUUCUACAUGCACUGCUCUUUUAGGUGUGUCCACAUGUGAUCAUUCAUAUUUCAAACAGGUGGGAGGGUGGGUGAGUUGGGUAAGAGUUUUUUUGUGUGUAAAGAACCUUUUAUUUAGCAGACAGGUUUUUAACCAAGCAGCAAACUAUGUGCUUUUUUUUAAAGUAGCUGAGUACAGUGAAAAUAUGUAUUGCUUUAUCUGUUUCCUUGCAAAUAAAUAUUUUCCUAAAGAAAAGGCAUAUCCCAUCAUUCUGCUGUUUAUUUUCCUCCACAUGUAUUUAGAGCAGUCAGCUGUCCCCUCCCAUUUUUUUCUUUAACCCAAACACCAUGCUUCAGUGCUUGGAGUAUUUCCAGUUUACUUUUCAUGCUGUCAGCCUAUUGUCCAGUAUUACCUCCAAAUGGUAAAAGAUCAAAAGCAGUAAUGUGUCUCACAGUCGUGGACUUGCCCUUUGCUUCAUAGAAAACACUGAACUAAUCAUUGUGUUUUGUUUACAAGAUUUGUGGGGCAUUGGGAGAGCUUGUAAAGCUGAAAAAUGACUGCAGUUCAGCCAAUACUCAGUGUUGCAUGCAUUUAUCUCAGGUAUAUUUGAGGGCCACCUUUGACCAGUGGAUAUCCGCCCCCUUGCAGAUAGAUGUCCAUCAGGCCUAGGGCAGAUCUAACGAAAUGUCAUUCCAUCUGUGUCUAAAAUUUUUGCAUCAAACGACGACUCUCUUAAAACUGCAUGUUUUAUUUUCCACUAAAAGCAGGCAGGGGGUGGGGUGAAAAUUAAAGGAGAUUAAUGCAUAAAUAAAUGCUGCGUGAGAGGAUUUAGGCCAGCAUGGAUGCUCUGACCUACCUCUCCCGAAUAUAUUUUUAUUGACUGGGGGGGGGCAAGAGAGAAGGCAAAUUUAGCAAAUAGUGCAGGUUAUAUGCUAGAUUAAUAACCUAGUUUUAUUUUCAAAAAUGAAUUUAUUGCAGGAAGGAUUGUGUUUUUUAGAACACUGAUUUACUUAAAUUUAUUAAAACUUAGAACAUGAUGGGGUUUUUUAAAUUAAAAAAAAUCAAGAAUAUUAAAGCCAGCAUUGCAAAAAUACAAAUAUUUUGCUAUAUAAAAACUUGUGCUUUUUCUCUUAUUGUUUAUUUUCUUACCAGUAGCAGAGGCCUAGGUAGCUCAAGUAUAUUUGUAGUACUUCUGGAUACAUGUUUAUUAGCAGUCCAACACAGCUGUGGUUAAAGAGUGCCUUUUACCAGGUUUGGCUGGUAUGCCAGCUGCAGCCAUAUCUAGAUCGGGAUCUCUUGGCCACUGUAGUCUAGGCACUGGUAACCUCAACACUGGACUCUACUGCAAUGCCCUUGUAUGUAUGCUUGGACAUAGUCUGGAAACUUCAGUUGGAGCAGAAUGCAGCAGCUAGAGUUCUGAUGGCUAAAGCAGGCAUCCCCAAACUGCAGCCCUCCAGAUGUUUUGGCCUACAACUCCCAUGAUCCCUAGCUAAGAGGACCAGUGGUCAGGGAUGAUGGGAAUUGUAGCCCAAAAUAUCUGGAGGGCCAAAGUUUGGGGAUGCCUGGGCUAAAGGCAUGUGACACUCUAACAUAUGUUACCUAGUCAGGUUCAUGGUUCUUGUCAUAAUACACAAUCUCAGUUUGACCACCGAAAUCACCUGCUCAUUUUCUUAGAAGCUUGACUGCUCUCGACUAAAAAUCGAGCAUUUAGAUUAAUAACCCCUUCCGAAUCAUCAUCAGUAAUUCCCUUCAAAAACUCACCCAUAAAGUCCUUUUGGUUCUAAUGCAAUAAAUAACCAGUUGUUUCCCUGAUCAGACCUUGCAGAAAGUUUGAAUGAUGGGGUAAUUCCAAAAUAGAUGCAAAAUGGUUCACAAUCUGUAGAGUCUCCAUGCAAGACACCAUGCAGGCUCCAGUGUAAUAUUAGUCUCGAUCCUGUCCAUUUUCUCACUUGACUAAAAGAAAAGAUGACCUAGAACUCUGACAGGAGGUUACACUAUAAGGACUUCAAGUUCCCUUCCAUUACCAUCAUUCUAUGUGGAUUGUAUUGGUGGCUGGUUGGGUGCUUGUAAUGUGGAAUAGUAGCUUCGGUUAAAAAGACACUAUGUGUGAUUUAGGUCCAGCAUUCUGCCUCUGACAGCCAUGCAGCCCCAAGAUAGAGGUGAAGCUGGAACUAGCCAGAGGGUGGGAUACCACCAGAUCUCAUCAAGAUGCCUCAAUAGCAGUUGUCAUCUCCUGGCAUUUUGGAGCUUGAAUGGAACACGGAAAGCCCUUAGCGCAACAUGCAAAGCUGGAAAAAGGGUUUUGUUAAUUGAACGUGACUUUGAGAAGGCCACGCUGACAACGCUGCCAUCAAGCAAACUUGAAUUUGAAAAAGAGAAGCUCAAUGGAAAAUUCAGUGGAAGUGAUGGGAAGCAACGUUCAUUCCAUCAGCGCUUCUGAAAAAUCAGGUCUGACAGCACUUCCCUUUGCUCUCCCUAUGCCCCGCCCCCAAUCUGCUCUAGCCAGUGUGGUGUAGUGGUUAAGAGCGGCAGACUCGUAAUCUG